AGAGCAGCCUAGAACACUGAGUCACUGAGUACCAAUAGCUCACUCGAUCUCUCGGAUAUACCAAUGGCUUCCACGGUUGUCGCUCCCAUCCUUGCCCUUAGCCUCCUCCUCUUCGCCGUCAUUGUGCGCGGCUGCACACCAAACUGCUCCGGCGAGCAGGUCGUCCCGACGCCACCCACUGCAGUGCCGACGCCAUUGCACCACGGCGGGCAUGGUGAGCACGGGCGUUGCCCGAUCAACGCCCUGAAGCUGAGAGUGUGCGCUAAUGUGCUCAACAGGCUGGUCGAUGUGAAGAUCGGGCAUGGCCCCGAUGAUUGCUGCUCGCUGCUGUCUGGAAUCGCCGAUCUCGAUGCCGCCGUCUGCCUCUGCACUGCCGUGAAGGCCAACGUCCUUGGCAUUAGGGUCAACCUUCCCGUCGAUCUCAGCCUAAUCCUCAACAAGUGUGGCAAGUCCUGCCCGUCUGACUUCACCUGCUGAGCUGCACAUUUAUAAUGCUCAUGAGUUUAUUUUGGUGUGAUUGUUGGGUGUCGAGGUUUGUUUG